UUUUUGUUCAUUCUUACUGCGAUGGUCUACAUACACUUAUCUAAUUUCAGCGUCAGGUCGUGUACAUACAGCCAAACACACAGUUGAUAAACCACCAAUUCGCUGUCUAGGGUCUAGGUUCCAUGCUAUAUACAUUGAGCUACGAGUUGCAACGAAGUGAGUCGUGUGAAUAUCAGUGAAUAUCGCGAAAGCGGGUGGCGUAUGUGACUAUGGUGCUUGUAAAAAUGUCGCCGUUUCUGAUAAUUGUAUAGACGUAAAUAAAACUGAGUAAUAUGUCUCAUCGAGUUAGCAGUCGAGUAGGAGUAUCCUCAGAAAACGGUGUUGUUAAUCGUUCCUCAUCAUCAUUAAAGUGUCAACAGCCGUCUUGUGCUGUUUGUAACAAAAAAGGUAUAUUACAAAGGUGUUCUAGGUGUAAAAAUAUUUAUUAUUGUUCAAAAGAACACCAAAAGAUUGAUUGGAAGAAACAUAAAGUUAAUUGUAUUGACGAUUCGUUACCUUCGUCUACAUCUCCCUCAUCACGUUUAUCACCAACAGCAUCGAUAUUUCCAGAUGAUGCUGAUGUUCAUUCUGCUGGUGUUUGUUUAAAUGAUAGAAAUAGUAAAAUUAAAGUGGGACCUUCAUUGAGCUAUGAAUCGUCGGAUUGUUUGACAGAUAGUAAAACAUUGGUUAACCGAACUAGUAAUAACAGCAACAGUGAGGUUUUUUCACGAUUUAUACCGCAGCAGACGUCAGCAGUUAAUAUCGAUGAAAAAAGUAAUCAAUGUACUCGGGAAUUAAACAAUACGAAAGGUAUUAAUAUAAUAAACCAAAUCAAUAAAAAUAUUGCACAUGCGAAGAGAAAAUUAAAAUCUAAUGGAAGUUCACCAGAAGAUAAAGGAGACACGGAUAGUAAAAGUUUACCCGAAAAUUUAGAGGGAGAGAUAUUAUUAAGUGCGACCGCGAAAUUGAUGAAUCGUAUUCCACCACAAAAGAUUUCAAAUUCUGGUGAAAAAACGGAAGGUGUCAUUUCUGAUACUUCGUUGCAACACGACGCGAUGAAGAAUUUUCCAGAAGUUGUCCUCAGAGGAGACCUCGACGUUAUUUCUCCUUUUGUGUGUAGGGGUAGAAAUAAUGGUGAUAAUAAAACUCUUGAAGACAUUUGUUCUAAUGUUAUUUACGAUAUGAAUACGUACGGAGUUUGUGUUGUUGACGGUUUUCUUGGUCCUGACAGAGGCCUCGCGGUGUUAAAAGAAGUUUUAAAUAUGUACGAUUCGGGAAUGUUUCAAGCCGGUCAAUUAGUGUCUAAUAAAGCUAGUCUUAGAAAUUCACAAUCAAUUAGAGGUGAUAAAAUAUUGUGGAUUGAUGGUAAAGAAAGAGAAUGUAAAAAUAUUGGUAUGCUUAUUUCUCAAGUUGAUGCUAUUAUUGUGAAAGCUAAUAAGAUGCAAAAAAAUGGUACUUUGGGAAAUUACACUAUCAACGGAAGAACUAAGGCCAUGCUAGCUUGUUAUCCUGGAGAUGGUUCUCAUUAUGUUAAACAUGUAGACAAUCCAAAUAGUGACGGCAGAUGCAUAACUGCUAUUUAUUACCUCAAUAUUAAUUGGAAUACUGUUGAAAAUGGAGGAUUGCUGAGAAUAUUUCCGGAAGGUUGGAAGGAUCAAGUAGCAAAUAUUGAGCCACUUUUUGAUAGAAUUAUCUUUUUCUGGUCAGAUAGAAGAAAUCCACAUGAAGUUCAGCCGGCGUAUAAAACUAGAUACGCAAUUACGCUUUGGUACUUCGAUGCUGCGGAGCGAUCUAGAGCUUGUCAGAAAUAUGAGAAAGAAAAAGAUAAACGAAAUCCUUUAAGUUAAUUUUACUUUACUUGAAAUAUGUGAUGCCGCUUGUAAUUAAUUAUUUUUUUUUAUAACUGAGUUAAUGUGAUUAUUUGAAACUAGGAACCCACUCUUCCACUCAUAAAUACAAUUAUUGAAAGAUAUUAAUAAAAAAUAUUGUAAAAAAAACGCGAUUAAAUACAUCACAAGUAUUAUCAAUUAAAAAAUAAAUGUAUAUUAUAUACUGAUGUAUAAUAAUGUGCAGAAAUUGAGUGAUGUUUAGUCACACGUUAACAUUUAAUUCAGUGUUUAUGUUGAAUCAAAAAAGUGCAAUGAACUCUUAUGCUAAUUUUUUUUCUCUAUUUUAGUAUUCAACAAUACAUUCAUUGAAUUUUAUCUA